AUGAAGCUUCGAUCUGCUGUCCCGCUGCUGUUGCAGCUUUCUCUCCCGGCCGUCCUUGGCGCUGACACGGUAGACUGGAGGUCUCGUACCAUCUAUUUUGCCCUGACAGACCGAAUUGCUCGCAGCUCAAGCGACACGGGAGGCUCUGCUUGUACAAAUCUGAACGACUACUGCGGUGGCACGUUCCAGGGCUUGGAGAGCAAGUUGGACUACAUUAAGGGCAUGGGAUUUGAUGCCAUCUGGAUCAACCCCGUCGUUACCAACAGUGAUUUCGGCUUCCAUGGCUACUGGGCACUAGACUUAAACACUAUUAAUUCUCACUAUGGUACUGCGGAUGAUUUAAAGAGUCUCGUUGAUGCUGCACACAGCAAGGGCUUCUACAUGAUGGUCGACGUUGUAGCCAACCACAUGGGAAACGCAAACAUUACAGACGACUCUCCCGCUCCUCUGAACCAACAAUCCUCAUACCACACAAAGUGUGAUAUUGACUACAACAACCAGACUAGCGUCGAAAACUGUUGGCUCGCCGGCCUCCCAGACGUCGACACCCAGGACCCUACCAUCAGAAGCCUAUACCAGGACUGGGUGUCCAACCUCGUAUCUACAUAUGGCUUCGACGGCGUCCGCAUCGAUACCGUCAGGCACGUCGAGCAGGACUACUGGCCCGGCUUCGUCAACGCCACCGGCGUGUACUGCAUUGGCGAAGUCUUCAACGGAGACCCAGACUUUAUACAACCCUACCAAUCCCUCAUGCCCGGCCUGCUCAACUAUGCCAUCUUCUACCCCCUGAACGCCUUUUAUCAACAAACAGGCUCCUCUCAAGACUUGGUCGACAUGCACGACCGCCUUAGCUCGUUCCCAGACCCGACGGCGCUGGGCACCUUUGUCGAUAACCACGACAACCCCCGCUUCCUCAGCGUCAAGAACGACACGUCUCUCUUCAAGAACGCCCUGACCUACACCAUUCUCGGCCGAGGCAUCCCCAUCGUCUACUACGGCUCCGAGCAAGCCUUUUCCGGAAGCAACGACCCCGCCAACAGAGAAGACCUCUGGCGCAGCGGCUACAACACCGAGACGGACAUGUAUAAUGCCAUCUCCAAGCUCACCUUUGCCAAGCACACCGCCGGCGGCCUUGCCGACAACGACCACAAGCACUUGUACGUCGAGCCCACGGCAUACGCCUGGAGCCGUGCCGGCGGAAAGCUGGUGGCCUUUACGACCAACAGCGGCAGCGGCAGCUCGGCCCAGUUCUGCUUCGGCACGCAGGUCCCCAACGGCAGCUGGACGAAUGUGUUUGAUGGCGGCAAUGGCCCGACGUACACUGCUGGUGGCAAUGGACAGCUCUGCUUGAACACGACGAAUGGUGAGCCGAUUGUGCUGCUGUCGUCGUAA